AUGGCUUCUCUUCAAAUUCUCUACCAGCCCCAAGCUGUUAUACAUAUCCUGAUUUUGUGUUUAAUUCUAGAGCUUGCCUCUGGUCAGGAUAAUAGGAACAAUCUACUUUCACUAAAUAUGGAAGUUUCUUUGAUGAACAAGGCAAAUGAAUUUACAGUAACACUCACAGUUACAAAUAAAAUGGAUAAAUGUAUGGUGGUGAAAAUGAGUAUUGAGGACAAUCCAAAUAUCAAAUACAUUUCUGCUAAAGCAACUUACACUGCUUGCAUUUGUACUGUAAACAACUACUUCUGGGAUAUUCAAGUCUCUGCAAAUACUAUCUUACAAGGCAAAGCAGAAGUUGUUCCAGCUAAGAACAUAUGUCCUGAUGAUGAAAACAUAUUUCCAGUAACUUCUUAUAUUGAGACAGUUACACGUGAAAUCCUUGUAUCACCACAAACUGGAAGAUGCCUCACAUAG